AGAUUUUUCUUCUUCACUGGUCUAUGAAAAAAAAUUCAAAAUUUCUGCCAUAAUUUCUGCAAUCAUUUAUGUCUUCUGUUUAAAAUGUAGUUAAAAUUAAUAUUUUUUGCAAAAAAUCAACAAAAUGGUAGCUUCAAUGAUACUUUUCAUAUUGUUAUUUUUCGUUCAAGCUUUUUGUUUACUGCCUCCCAAGUUCCAAUGGAAAACUAUAGAUUAUGCUUGGAAAAACAGAGAUCGAGAAACUGCUUUGACCUCCGGUCUAUAUAUUCCGCAGAACAAUAUGCCUACAGGACUGGCUAGAUGGAAAGACAAACUAUUUAUCACCAUACCUAGGUGGAAAAAAGGUGUUCCAUCUUCCCUGAACUAUAUUUAUGUUAAUGGCUCUCAAAACCAGACACUUCACCCUUACCCGAAUUGGGAAGAAGCUUGCGUAUCUGACAAAGCGUGUUGUUUGGCAUCCAACAGCUGUGUCAUAUCCGCAUUUAGGGUGCACGUGGACAAAUGUAACCGAUUGUGGGUAGUUGACAACGGAGUUGCUGAUAUGGCGCACGAUGUUACACAAAUAGCGGCGCCCGCUAUUUUAAUGUUCGACUUGAAUUCAGAUACACUCAUGAAUCGAUAUGAGUUUAGUGACGAGGUCCUAAGAGAUUCGUCUGUUUUGACCAGUGUCGUGGUGGAUAUAGUGGGAAAAAAUUGCGAAAACAGCUAUGCUUACGUAACAGACAUGGGCUCCAACGCCAUACUCGUGUACCAUUUGGCCACGAACGAGGCGUGGCGCGUGGAGAACCAUUAUUUCCACUUUGACCCCCACGCUGGAGUAUAUAAAGUCGGCGGCUUAGACUUCUACUGGAGCGAUGGCAUAUCUUCAGCUGCUUUGUCGCAUGUUACUAAUAAGGGACAGCGCGACUUAUUCUUUAAUCCCACGUCAAGCACGAAACAGUUCAGGAUGUCGACGCGGUUGUUGAGAGACAAAUAUAUUCACAAGGAUGAAAUAUUUAACGGCGUCGAAGUGAUAGGAGAUAGAGGCCCGUGGUCCCAAGCGACGGCGUGCGAUUUUGACACCAAUUCUAAAGUGUUGUUCUAUACGCAACUAUGCAAGAAUGGCGUAGGCUGUUGGAACACAGAGAAACCAUUCAAUAAAGAAAACGCAGUUGUGUUCAUAAGCGAUUGCAACACGCUAGAGUUUCCCACCGAUGUUAAAGUGGACUUGGAAGGCAACCUCUGGAUUCUGAGCAACAGACAGUCCCGUUUCCUCUACGAGACAAUGGACUUCAAUCAGACGAACUUCAGAGUGCUCACUGCACCGAUAUCAGCUCUGAUACAAGGCUCGCCGUGCGAGAAAAUGAAUGUAUUGGAUAGAGCGCUUAGUUUGAUCAAGAGAAGUAAAUCAAAUAAGUCCAUAACCUCGAGAUAGAUCUGGAAAAAUCUUGUUACAUAAAAAUUGCUGAGAAGUUUAUUUGUCUACCAUUUGUCCGUAUUAUUCUCACGUUCGUAUCGCUCUGGUUACAAUUGGCUGUAUGUUCUCGAUUCCUUAUUCUUCAUAAAAAAGGUAAAUAAAAAAAGUAAAACAA